AGUGUUUCUCAGCCUAUUCUGUAACUUGACAGCACAACCGUGCACUUCUUGUUUGUUGUUAACGAACUCUAAAAUGCAUUUUCCAUGAAAUACCUCGAGUUAAUACAUUAGAAAUUCUGGAGCCAAUAAGUAGAACUCAGAUCUAGAAAACGCCAUUUGGAAAUAUCUGGAAAACCCAUACGUGCGCACACGUGUCUGAUCAUGGAGCCGACAGUCCAAGAAAUAAGCAGUAAUGUCACGACUCUGAAGGAAGAUGAAGAGUUUGAAGGUUUUCUUCGUUUGCACUCUGCUGCUUUAAAGUCUUCAAAAAUACCACCGUUAUACUGGAAGAGCUUGUUUUACAAACUUGCCAAUGAGGUGUUUGAUGCAGGGGAAGUUUUUGGUAUCAUGCAGGUGGAGCAGGAGGAGGAGGAGGAUGAGGAGGAUGAUCAGGCUGAUGAAACCAAGAGAAAGCGCUUGAACCCAGGAGCCGGCAUCACCAGCAAGGUCGUCGUGACCUCCGAGAGCGGGCUGCAGGCCAGCGACCCGACCAGCGUGUUCUUGGUGGACCACGCAUGGACGUACCGCGUGGAGAACGCUCGACAGCAGCUGGAGCAGAUUCCGGGCCUCCUGCACCGCAUGGCCAACCUCAUGGGCGUUCCCUUCCACGGGGAGGCGCCGGACGAGGAGGCGGUGGAGGAGGUGCUAACUGAGAUGUGGAAGUACAACCAGACCUACCAGCUUUCUCAGGGGUCUGCAGAGGAGAAGGUGCCGGUCUGGUACAUCAUGGACGAGUUUGGUUCCCAGGUGCAGCACUCGGACCUGCCCACCUGCUGCAUGGCCCCCUUCUUCUACGCUCCACAGCAGAUGGCCUACAGUGUGCUAUGGCCCCUGCAGGACCUGGACGCCGGAGAGGAAGUGACACGGGACUAUGCGUACGGUGAGAGGGACCCCUUGGUCAGGAAAUGUCGACUGUUACCUUGGAAGCCGGCUGACAUGCAUGAAAUGUCCUCUUUCACACCUGAGCCCUCUGAUCAGUACUAUGAGACCAUUUCACAAGAAAACAAAGAAAUUCUUCCCAGUGAAAUCCAGCCCCAGGUGUAUCCUAAAGAUAAGGUGUUCAAGGUGUACACUGAGAUGCAGCAGGUUUUGAGUCACCUGAAACACCCUAGCUUUGAGUUCACAGACAGCGAGGAGGAGGCUGACAUCCUCUGGCUUUACUCUCAUAUCCGAGACUACAGGAAGCUGAGUGAGGAGCGUCCCCAUGUCCUGCUGAACCAGUUCCCCUGUGAGACGGUUGUCACGGUGAAGGACUGCCUGGCCUCUGUGGCCCGGAGGACGGGCGGAGGCCACGCCGCAGACUGGCUGCCCAGGACCUUCAACCUGCAGACUGAGCUUCCCCAGGUCAUCAGCCACUACCAGCAAAACCAAGAGAGAGGAAGUGAUAAUCACUGGAUCUGUAAGCCAUGGAACUUGGCCCGCGGGCUGGACACCCACAUCACCGACAACCUCAACUACAUCAUCAGACAGAGAGAGAGCACCCCAAAGGUAGUGUGUAAGUAUCUGGAGGACCCAGUUCUGUUUCAGAGGGACGAGCUCGGCCUGGUCAAGUUUGACAUUCGCUACAUGGUGCUCCUGCGCUCUGUCAGACCACUCCAACUCUAUGCCUACAAUGUGUUCUGGCUUCGCUUUGCCAACAGGCCUUUCUCUCUGGACCACUUUGAUGACUACCAGAAGCACUUCACGGUCAUGAACUACGCAGAGGGAGUCCAGCUCAAACAGAUUCACUAUGACGAGUUCAUCCCCAUGUUUGAGAAACAGCAUCCCCAGUGUCCCUGGGAGGAGGUCCAGGCGGAGGUGUUCAGAUCAUUCGCGGAGUUGUUCCAGGCGGCCUCGUCCCGCCCCGCUCCCUACGGCAUCUGUGCGUACCCCUCUUCCAGGGCCAUAUACGCCAUUGACCUCAUGCUGAAGUGGGACACCAGCAACCAAGGUGAAAGAGUCAUGAAGCCUCAGAUCCUGGAGGUCAAUUUUAGCCCCGACUGUGCCCGGGCCUGCCAGUACCACCCCCAAUUUUACGACCACAUGUUCCAGACUUUAUUUUUGGACCAGACAGAGGGCUGCCCCGUCACCCGCAUAGUAUAGACGUAGUCUAAAUUAAAACUGUCCUGCUACUGUACAAAUGCAAGAAAAUAAAAUACUUUUUUUUGGA